AUGUUUUCCUCUUCUUCUUCCUGGCUUGAUCUACAGACACAACCUAAAAAAAUAUGCUCUCAAAUUGGUCUCUGUGCUUUUGACGGAACUCGAGGUGUUAGCUUUGGAAUUGAAAGUGUGAUUGAUGAGAAAUUGGGAAGGAAACACGAUAGCAGCCUUCAUGGUGCACCAUGUACUGCUUGUGAGAUGGCAGUAGUAUGGAUUCAAAAUCAGCUAAACCGUAAUAUGAUAUUGAACUACGUUAAUGAGCUCUGUGAACGGCUGCGCAGUCCAAAUGGCGAGUCAGCUGUUGAUUGCAGCAGCUUAUCAUCCAUGCCAAGUGUUUCAUUCACCAUCGGUGGUAAAUUAUUUGACCUUGCUCCAGAGCAGUACAUUCUCAAAGUGGGAGAGGGUUCCGCAGCUCAAUGCCUUAGCGGAUUCAUUGCGUUGGAUGUGGCUCCUCCUCGUGGACAUCUCUGGUAAUCUAUCUAAUGGAAUGUUCCAUUUAGAUAGAUUUUUCUGUUAUUUUUUUUUUGUU